AGUUCGCUGGGCAGGAGAGGAAAAAAAAAAAAAAACAACCAAACCAACAAAAAACCGACCCACACACACAUUUUUGUAAAGGGAAUCCCUCUUUUUCUCCUGGAUUUGUGGAUGCACCGAUGAGAGAUCCAGCCUUCCCAGGGACUGCCAUGGCUUACCACCCCUUCCACGCACCCCGGCCGGCCGACUUCCCCAUGUCCGCUUUCCUCGCAGCCGCCCAGCCUUCCUUUUUCCCCGCUCUGGCUCUGCCUCCGGCGGCGCUGGCAAAGCCCAUGCCGGACCCCGGGCUGGCCGGGGCGGCCGAGGCCGGGCUGCACGUCUCGGCCCUGGGACAUCACCAUCAAGCCGCCCAUCUGCGUUCGCUCAAGAGCCUGGAGCCCGAGGAGGAGGUCGAAGACGACCCCAAAGUAACGCUGGAAGCCAAAGAGCUUUGGGACCAGUUUCACAAGCUGGGCACCGAGAUGGUGAUCACCAAAUCCGGGAGGAGGAUGUUCCCCCCGUUCAAGGUGCGGGUGAGCGGCCUGGACAAGAAGGCCAAAUAUAUUUUGCUGAUGGAUAUAGUGGCGGCCGACGAUUGCCGGUACAAGUUCCACAACUCCCGCUGGAUGGUCGCCGGCAAGGCCGACCCGGAGAUGCCCAAGCGCAUGUACAUCCACCCCGACAGCCCGGCCACGGGGGAGCAGUGGAUGGCCAAACCUGUUGCCUUUCACAAGCUCAAGCUCACCAACAACAUCUCGGACAAGCACGGCUUUACCAUCCUGAACUCCAUGCACAAGUACCAGCCCAGGUUCCACAUAGUCCGGGCCAACGACAUCCUCAAGCUGCCCUACAGCACCUUCCGCACCUACGUGUUCCCCGAGACCGACUUCAUCGCCGUCACUGCCUACCAGAACGACAAGAUCACCCAGCUGAAAAUCGAUAACAACCCCUUCGCCAAGGGCUUUCGGGACACGGGCAAUGGCCGGCGGGAGAAGAGGAAGCAGCUCUCGCUGCCGUCCCUGCGGAUGUACGAGGAGCCCUGCAAGCCCGACCGCGACGGCGGCGAGUCGGAUGCCUCGUCCUGCGAGCCCUCGGCCGUGCGCGACGCCCUCCACUCGCCCGUGGGUGCCCUCCCCAGCCCCCUGCGCCUCAAGGGCAGCGGCAGAGAGGAGAAGCCGGGGGCCGACAGCGAUGCGGAGGUGGAGAAGGCACCCGAGGAGCGGCCGGCGGCGGCGGCCAGCCCCGGCGGGGAGGAUGCGACGCCCCGCAGCAGCCCCCGGUGCCCGGAGGAGCGGAGCAAGGAAAGGCGCAGCCCGGAGAAGGCCAAGGAUGGCGCGUCCCCCCGGGAAGGUCCCGGCGAGGGUCUGUUCGGCACGCGGGGCCUGGAGAAGGACAAGGUGGAAGGACGGAGGAAAGAGCCGGACCCGGGCAAGAAGGACGCGGAGGGCGGCGGGCUGGGCAAGGAGGCCUUCGCCCCGCUGAUGGUGCAUACGGACAGCCCCCCACACCUGAGCGCUGGGCACCUGCAGAGCCUGGCACUCUCCGGCCUCCACGGGCAGCAGUUCUUCAGCCCGCUGGGCGCCGGGCAGCCCCUCUUCAUCCACCCGGGACAGUUCGCCAUGGCCCCCGGCGCCUUCUCCGCCAUGGGCAUGGGACACUUGCUGGCCUCGGUGACCGGCGGGGGCAGCCUGGAGAACGGAGCCCUCUCGUCCGCCCCGGGCACGGCGGGGACGGCCACCCCCUUCCCGUUCCACCUCUCCCAGCACAUGCUGGCCUCUCAGGGAAUCCCGAUGCCCACCUUCGGCGGACUCUUCCCCUACCCUUACACCUACAUGGCGGCGGCCGCGGCGGCCGCUUCGGCCAUGCCGGCCACCAGCGCGGCGGCUGCUGGGCCGCUUUCCCGCAAUCCCUUCCUGGGCAGCAGCCGUCCCCGCCUGCGCUUCAGCCCCUACCAGCUCCCGGUCACCAUCCCGCCCAGCACCAACCUGCUGACCACCGGCCUGCCCGCCAGCCUCAACCCCGGCUCCGAAGGCUCCAAGGCCGGCAGCAGCCGGGAAUCCAGCCCCCUUCCCGAGGUGCCCCUGCACAAGGGGGGCAGCCAGCGCCCCGCCGCCUCCCCCAAGGGCUCCCUGAAGGAGUCCCUCAACGAACUGCAAAACAUCCAGAGACUGGUGAGCGGGCUGGAGAGCCAGCGGGAGUUGUCACCCGGCAGGGAGUCCCCCAAGUGACCGACGGGGCGGGCAGCGAGCCCUCCCGGCGGGGCGGAGAAGCACUGGUAUUUUGUACAGCACAGUAUAAAUAUUUAUUGCGGAGCCAGGGGUGGGGGCGGACGGGGAGCGGGGUGCUGGAGCAGAGGGAUGGAGCCCCGCCAGCCAAGCGGACCCAUCGCCCCAGAGUCAGGAGCAAGAGGUGGGAGCGCAGGGCUUGCCCGUGUCCCCCCACCUCCCCGAGCCGUGGGGCUGGGAGCGGCUCCCCCCGCUCCGGUGAGGCCGCGGAGCCCCCCCCGGCCCCUCCGCUCCCCCGCUCCGGGCACUGGGCAGCUCUGGGGGGGGGGGGGGCAACGAGCCGGCUCAGAGGCACCCCAUGGACGGGGCGGCCCCCACCCCGGUGCCAGCCCCAGCUCCAGGAAGGUGAGCGGGGCCAAAACCUCAUCUGUGCAAGGGGAAGGGGGGGAGGAAAAAAAUAAUUAAGGAAAAAAAAAAAAAAAAAAGAAACGAAACAUGGGAAACGAACCGCCUUGGCAGCCGCCGCUGCCACGCAGAGCUGGUACGGCGGGGGGGAGCCCCGUGGGUACCCGGGCAGAUAUUUAUGAAAUAAAUGGUAAUUUGUGUAAAUAAGCUAUAAGGAUCCCAGAAUAUGCAAAUUGGUAUUAAUUUAUUCAGAGUUGUACAUUGGUGUGUACAUAAUAUCUAGAGUUUAACUCAUCGCAUUUAAGUUUUUUUUGUUUUUUUUGUUUUUUUUUUUCAUUUUACAUGAACAUAUAUAUUGUAAAUGAAAACUAUUUAGCUCUUUGUGAUUGAAGGAGAUAUCGGUUUCUUUAACUGUGUUUUAAAAUAUUGUUUAUCCCGCCUGUUCUCUAGGACAAUCAUGUGCCACCGGUAAAACAAUUCUUGGAGUCAUUGAAACUUAAGAGUUCAAUUCUUUAACGGACUUUUUGCAAGAAAAAAAAACCAACAAACGAAUCCAAAACGUAACUAAAAUAUCGCUACAGUGCGGGGUAUAGAGAAUGCAGGAAUAAACCUCAGGUUUUUAUUUUUCACUCCAGAACAAAAAAAAGUAUAAUAAAUUUAAAUAUCACAGGAC